AUGACAAGCAUGACAUGUUCUUUUCCACUUCCGCAUAGUGACUCUGAGUCAAAAAGCCUGUGCCUAUCCCUCCAGUCACCCAUUGGCCCAAGAACGAUGCGCCAGGUCCCUGAAGAGGGAGAGAUGCUGGCGGAUGCUGUGGGCCGCUGGCUAGGCCAGAGCGGGAUGUCACCCCUCAUCUAUGAAGACAGUGAGCCCUGGCCCGAGAACAGGCCAUGUGCUGCCACGGAUGCUCAACCCGACUCCAAGAAGCACGCACGGUCGAGGUCGCACUCGAAGACGCACACAGAUAGUCAGCCAGAUGGUCAGCAGAAGGCCACCUGGCCAGCUGGUGUUGUGUUGGUGGUGCUGGCCGUGGGUGUCUUGCUGGCGGCCGGUGUUGGGGCAGCCCUGGCCAUCCGGAGACAACGGCGCCGACCCGGUGAGGGCGCGGGAGUGGCGCUGGCGGGCGCAGAGAGGACGUUUGAAUACGAACUGCAAGAUGCAGGCACCACUUUGCCGCAGCUCGCAGAGGAACGAAAAAGGACCGGUUUUUGA